GGAGGUGAAGAGGAGGAGGAGGAGGAGGAUGAAGAGGAGGAUAGAGGUGAAGAGGAGGAGGGGAAGGAAGGAGAUGAAGAAGAGGAGGAGGAUGGAGGUGAAGAGCAGGAGGAGGACGUUGGAGGUCAAGAGCAGGAGGAGGAUGGAAGUGAAGGGCAGGAGGAAAAAGAUGAGAAGGAAGGGGAGGAGGAUGAAGAUGGAGGUGAAGAGCAGGAGGAGGAGGAUGGACGUGAAGGGCAGGAGGAAAAG